AUGACUCUGAAGGCAUCAACUAUGCCAUCCUUGAUUAGUGCAGUUGAAGCAGACAUUAAAGAAGGUGAUGAUGAUCUACCAGCAGAGCCAGAAGAUAAUGAUACAAAAGAUCACAAUGAUGAAGGAGGAGAUGCCUCUGAUUCUGGUAAUCAAGAAAUGUUUGAUGAAUUAGCAGCAGACAUAUCAUAUAAUAGAAGAACCUCAAGAUAA